AUGAAUAAACUUCUGGUGGACUUACGGAAGCCCAUAUCAAUAGAGAUGAGUCCAGAUCAGGUCUGGGACCGUAUUGCUGUAUUGUCCAUCCUCCUGACUGCUAGCUUCAAGAACGCCAUCAUGUGUCAUGGUCAGAAGAGGCAGUAUUGCAACUAUCAGGGAGAAUCUCAGGCCCAAAGUAAAGAACAGGAACAGAUGCAUUCUGAUCUAUCUGUGGCUGAGGGAGAAGAGUCCAAUAAUAACAACUCCUCUUCUUCCACUAGCCCAGACCUCCCCAGGAAGAUGCCUGCUGGUGGGAUACCAAAAUUUCACCAGAGUCCUCAGCGUGCCUUAUCUCCUCCCACUGUUAUGGCCUCAAUUCCAAUAUCCCCAUCUGAUGAGGCCUCUGGCAACCAAAGAGGGGAGGGGGAAGGCCGCAUUGUAUUGUAUCAUUCACUAAGUGCAAAGGUGGCUGAUUUGGUACAGUUCCUUCUCCUUAAGUACAGAUUGAAGGAGCUGACCAACAAGACAGAAAUUAUAGGAAAGAUUAUAGAAGAUGAUGAGCAGUACUACAAUAGGAUCUUUAAUGAGGCCUCUGAGGGUUUGAAGCUGGUCUUUGGCAUUAAUGUAAUAGAAGUGGACCCUGUUGUCCACACCUACGCCCUUGUCAUUGCCCUGGGGAUCACUUAUGAUGGGAUGCUUACUAAUGUCCAAGGUAUGCCCAAAACAGGCCUCCUAAUAAUUGCCUUAGGUGUCAUUUGCAUGAAUGGCAACCGUGUCAGUGAGAAUGUGAUCUGGCGAGCACUAAAUAUGAUGGGAAUAAGUCCCAUGGAAAAUCACUAUGUAGCUGGGAAUGCCAAGAACCUGUUCAUUGAAAAUUUUGUACAGGAAGGGUAUCUGGAAUACAACCCAGUGCCUGACAGUGAUCCUCCGCACUAUGAGUUCUUAUGGGGUCCAAGGGCCCAUGCUGAAACCAGAAGUGAGGAUGUCAUAGCGUUUUUGGCUGAGAUGAGCAGGAUAUACUAAGUGU